AUGGUUCCGCUAGAAGAUGUAAUACGAAUUCGUUAUAAAGCAGAAGUUAAAAAGGCUAUGCAAGCUGACAUCAAAUCAUAUUUAGUUCCCGUACAUGGACCUAGUGACCAUCGUUGUGAUACUUGUUGUGCUUCAAUAAUCAAUUGUUGUCGUAAAAAUCGUGCUUGUUGCUGCUGUCGAGAAAAAAUUACAGUUGCUCCUCAUGUUGAGAACACAACAAUUAUCACUGAUGCUGAUCCAAAUCGAGCUACAAACUAUGUUGAGGAAGAUGUAGCUCCUACGGAAGUUAAAGAAGGUUGUCGUACUAGAUGUGGUAAUCGUUUUCGCUGUUGGUGUUGUGGAAAGAAGAAAUUACUUAAGUUCAUUAAAAGAACAAACACCAAGGCUCAACGACAGGCAGAACGUGUAGUAACAAUGACAAUCGAAUACAACAAGUACAGUAAUCUUGAUUCAGCUACACAUACAUGUUUACUUAGUGAGCAAGAUCGAUUCGCCUACUACAAACACAAAUUUCAAGCGGAUUUAGAAUUGACUUUCUAUUUAAUCAACGACCAAGAAUAUGAGCAAACAAAUUUUGAUGCGAAGAAAAACGAAGCUGAAACUCUAUGUCGAGCAGUAAUGCAGUUAAAGGGCAUGAAAAAACAAUAUCCAUCAGAAGAUCAAUUAGAAAAGAUUCUUAAUCAAGCUCAUCAAAGAACAUUCGGUGUGGUAUUUCAUGAACCUGCCUUGCAACUUGAAUCAGCCAGGGAUUUACCAAGAAUAGGUGGUGGUCGUUUAGAUGGACAUCUUCCUCCGAUAUAA